GCAACCCUGACUAUCAGCCAUUUCACCUCAAACUCUCUUCAAGCAGCAAAACCCCGCCGCAGCGGAACAAAACCUCCCGAAACACCGGACAGGUGAGCGUGUGUCAGGAUGGCCCGCACGAAGCAGACCGCCCGUAAAUCCACCGGAGGAAAAGCUCCUCGUAAGCAGCUGGCGACUAAAGCGGCCCGUAAGAGUGCGCCCUCUACUGGCGGAGUCAAGAAGCCCCAUCGCUACAGGCCCGGGACCGUGGCUCUGCGUGAGAUCCGCCGCUACCAGAAGUCCACCGAGCUGCUGAUCCGCAAGCUUCCCUUCCAGCGUCUGGUGCGAGAGAUCGCUCAGGACUUCAAGACCGACCUGCGCUUCCAGAGCGCCGCCAUCGGAGCGCUGCAGGUCAGUCCUGCUCAGGGCUAUUAUAGUGAACCAGUAAACUGCGUUUACCCGAGUGCAGCUGCUAAGAACAGCGGGGCGCCUCGUAGAGAAAUUGUCGAAGUUUAUCCGUGUGUCAGGAUGGCCCGCACGAAGCAGACCGCCCGUAAAUCCACCGGAGGAAAAGCUCCUCGUAAGCAGCUGGCGACUAAAGCGGCCCGUAAGAGUGCGCCCUCUACUGGCGGAGUCAAGAAGCCCCAUCGCUACAGGCCCGGGACCGUGGCUCUGCGUGAGAUCCGCCGCUACCAGAAGUCCACCGAGCUGCUGAUCCGCAAGCUUCCCUUCCAGCGUCUGGUGCGAGAGAUCGCUCAGGACUUCAAGACCGACCUGCGCUUCCAGAGCGCCGCCAUCGGAGCGCUGCAGGAGGCCAGUGAGGCGUAUCUGGUCGGUCUGUUUGAGGACACUAACCUGUGUGCCAUCCACGCCAAGCGCGUCACCAUCAUGCCCAAAGACAUCCAGCUGGCGCGCCGCAUCCGCGGAGAACGUGCCUGAGUCUCUCUCUCUCUCUCUGUCUCUGUCUCUGUCUCUCUCUGUUG